AGUGCGUGUGUUACGUGGCUCCUCAUCACGGUUUGAUUUUGCUAUAUACUGGUAGCAGAUGAGAGUGCGGAGGGUGGCACCAGUGAAAAAAAGUGUUUUCAAGCAGUAGUUUUAUUAAGUGGUGCAUUCGUCGGGUGUCUCGAGUGCAAAUUUUAUGCUGCUCGCAAAUCUUGUAGAAUUAUAAGCUCAUGUUCGGUUGUUCAAGACAAGACAUGUAACUAGCUCCUCAUUGGGCAGCUCCCCAAAAUUAGCUGUCGGUGGGUCGUUUAAUCAUUGACUUGAUUGACUGCCAAUUUAAUUCAAGGGGACGUUCCAGACUGUUGAUCUUAAGAUCUGCAGACCAGUAUCAAGUUGGGUGCCCCUGGACCUGGAUGUUCAUAUAAGGUGUGUUUUUAAGUGUCAUUGAAGGCUUUAUGAAGGCUCAUUUAAUACGUGUGUGCAGUCAAGGUGCUCCUCUUCGUGGAAAGUGUCGAUCCAUAGGCACAUAAGGGCAAAAGAAGACAAGACACCGCUUCACAUUGUGAUGAAGAGCUGCUUGCGUAAAAAUCGGAGGGUCCAGAUCAGUGGAUCAAGCAGCUUCCCUAGUUCAUGUAUACAGUUUUAGUAAUAGGCAACCAAAUUUUGACAUCUCGCGGACUGAGCUAUGUGUAUACAAAUAUUUAGACAUAAAAUAAGCACAAAUAUGCAAAAGUGAAGUUUUUUCUCUUUGAUACUACAUACACACACAAGCCGCGAACUAUACUGACUGACACAUGCGUCACACAUAGCUGGCUGAAAAGAGCUGAAGAAGACGACCGCUGCUGAGGCGUGAGACUGAGAGAAAGAUUACCAACCACUCGCUCUCACUGCAUGUUGCGACUAUGUAGUAAUCGCACGCGGAGUGUUGUUCGUUCGGUGUAUUGGACGUUCGUGCGUGCGGGAUUUGAAAUUCCGGUGUAUGCUCCCUGAAGGUCUGCAGGUUGUCACGGUCAACACUGGGCCCCCAGACCUGCAAGGUGAAUCACGGUGCAUCGGUUGAUAGUCCUGACGACGGUGUAACGAAGUGCGAAAAAGUGCUAGCUGUUUCGAGCCUCAGUUCCAUGCAUUAUUAACCGGAACAGCGAUCCAGCAAAAGAAAAAAAAACACGUGCCAACAGCACUCAAAAAGUGUAUAUUAAUGCAAUUUCACCGACCGCAGCAGACCGUCAAUAACCUGUCCCAACCGGCCGAACGCCUACGGUGAAAAGAAGUCACCCAAAAAUGAGGAAAUAAAUUUAAAUUUUAAUCGAUGUUCUUCGAAGGCCAAUGGUGUUGCAGCUCAGUAUACGGUUGUCGAGUCCGUUGUUCGGGUGGGCCUACUAAAAAUCCCUUAGAGCCAACGACGUAAUCCAGAGGAACGAGAGGAAAAUGUGCUGUUGAAAAUUUUCCACCUCUGCUGUGCGGCCCCAUUGCGUCGGCGUGUGUGCUUAUGCUAAUAGUAAAUGAGUGUAGUUAAAAAAGGGGCGAAAGUGGCUGACAGCGAAAGUAACACACGGGGGACACAAGUGCGACGCCUGUAUUUCGAGUGUUUUAUUAGUGUCGAUAUACGCGCAUAAAUAAUAAUAGCGCAAGUGAAUCAAUUCAUCCUGAGUGCAGGGUGUGUAGUAAAAUAGUUAGGUGUGAAAUCUACAAGCAAUCAUCGUAGAGUUUGCUGUUGUUUCGUCCUUCGAAUCUGUGUGCAACCGGAAAGAUCCAUCGAUGUCGUCAACGUUUUUCAAGCUCUUAGUGUUAAAGCGUUCUUCUUCCUCCUCCAAUUGCCAUCGAAAGAUGUGUUAGUGUGCGUAGUUUUAGGCACAGUGAUUGAAAGAGAAGAAUAUCCUUAUCUUGGUGGGUGCUCAUUGACAUAAAAAAUCUACCAAAGUGGCCGCGUCGAAGAAAGCCCGGGGCGCCUUGUCGGAAGGUCGCCUGACCACUGUGACCACAACGGGAACGGAGACCGGCACCAGCUUCACCAGCUCCCGCCAGGGUUCCGUCGAUGGGGUGAUGCAACGAUGCGGUCUCUGUUCGAUCAUAUCCAGCUUGCUGCGGCGAGCCAUGUGCGUUGGAUCCCGACGUGGUAGCGGCGAAUCGUACUACCAGGAACUGCCGGAAACAAAUAUCCCAGACGUUGCCACAAUGGAAACCACGGAUAGCUCCAGCUAUAAACGACUGAUAUCUACGACAUCCAAUACGAUACCAUCAACGAUUACGAUGACAACAACAGCGGCCACGGUAACGACGAUACCCUACCAGCCGGCACGUCGAAUGUCCGACCAGGAUAGACCACUUUUCGAGGCUCUAAUCGCUGAUGAGUAUUCGGAAAACCCGCGACGACGGCAUGCUUGCACCGGGCGCUUUUUGACGAUGCACAAGCGGCGCAGAAAGAAGCUCAACACUCGCAGUCUUGUGCUGGAUCAAGCUAUUCUUGAUGACAUCCUACAUGGCCAGGUGCAGUGCAUUCUGGAUCGGGUUGGAAAUUGGCGCUUCAAUGCUUUCACUCUGGAAACGGUCACUGGUGGACGUUCACUGCCUGUCUUAUGUGUUCAUUUGUUCCAUUGGUACGGCCUUUUGGACCACUUCAAUCUAGACGUAGUUAGAUUAUGGAAAUUGUUUAGUUUAAUCGAAGAAGGUUACCAUAGUACGAACCCGUAUCACAAUUCAAUUCACGCGACUGACGUAACACAAGCAAUGCACUGUUUCUUGCAAGAGAGACGCAUCCUGGAGAAUCUGAGUCCGCUGGAAAUCAUGGCGUCGUUGAUCGGUGCCGUGACCCACGACCUGGACCACCCUGGUGUAAAUCAGCCGUUUUUGAUAGCGACUUCGAACCACUUGGCGGCGUUGUACGAGAACACAUCGGUGCUAGAGAAUCAUCAUUGGCGAUCGGCAGUUGGCUGCUUGCUGGAGAGCGGCGUAGCCGAGCAGAUACAGGGCAUUCGACCGGAACUGGAAAAGCAAAUCAGCUCUCUAAUCCUGGCGACUGACAUAACCAGGCAACAGGAAUUCAUUGCCAAAUUCCGGGAGUAUCUCAGCAGAGACAGUCUCGAUAUGCGUGAUAAGGAACAUAGACACUUCAUUUUACAGAUUGCACUCAAAUGUGCAGAUAUUUCGAAUCCCUGCCGGCCAUGGGAUAUAAGUAAAAAGUGGAGUAUGAAGGUAUGCGAGGAGUUCUUCCGCCAGGGUGACUAUGAAAGACAGCUCAAUUUGCCCGUGACUUCUCUUUGUGAUCGUCAUUCAACUUCGGUGCCCAAAAUCCAGACCGGAUUUUUCAAAUUUGUUGUGACCCCCUUGAUGGACGAAUGGCAUCGCUUUCUCAAGACGGAUCUUUCCCAUAGCAUGAUGUAUCAUCUAAAAUUCAACCAAACCCAGUGGGAAAGCAAACUGCAGGCAGAAAUCAACGAAGAAACCCGAACUGAGAUAUCAGAUGCGGAACUGUUGGAGGAAGAAGUUGCGGACGAAAGUGAUGAUCAGGAUGAACCGGUGCUGGAUCUAUCGGACAGUUCCGAAGUGUUAAUCCCAAAUAUCAGUAAGUUUGAACGCCGUGGAUCGCUGCAAAUUCCCGGCUUUUGUGGUGCUCGUAACGAACGUCGUUUCUCAGUGCCAGUACAUAGUAUACCGAAAAUUGUGCUUCCUGCACGAGACCACCGCGGUUCAAAUCACCCACCGGAAUCGAUUCAGGAGAGCGAUGAGCACAAAUUUGACAACGACUCGCUCUCUAUAUUCUCAUCGGAUAGUGACAGUCUGCAUCGGGGAGCCCGUGGGUCAUCCACCGGUAGUACGGCAGACCGUGAACGUCCGUUGAGCGCUGAGAAUCUGCUUCCAGACUGCAGCAUCGCUUCAAUGACUGACGGUGUUUGCGGUGAUCGACUGAAUCUUGUGCUUCACGGUGCUGUUAGUGUAGGCAAUACCGCAAAUCUCCUCACCGUUGGAACUUCCAAGCAUCUUAUCAGACAGCAAACCUUCCCACCGUUGCAACCGUACAUACGCACCCGUUACAUGUCUUCACAAGCAGAGCUCGGCGCUUGUCCGGAGGCACUGCUUGAAUCGAACUCCAGCAGCAGCUCUUCCAAUACCCACCCUGAUGGAAACAGUGAAUCUCGUGGUGUAUUAGUGGCUAAGAAGAAGGAAAGUAGCAAGCGGGAAACUGAUUCGUCCAGUUCCGUAGAUAAGGCCAAAAUUCCGAAGCUCUCUCUCGGCCAGAAAGAGAAUCUCGACCCGUCGAUACUAAAACGAACUCUAAGCAGAAGGCGCGGCUCAGCGCCAGUCACCGUCGCGUUACCACCGAAGUCAACCGAUCCGGAGCUCAACGUCCCAUUCAUUAUUAAAGGCUGUGAUCUGCGGCGAGGUUCAACGCCGGCCGAAUUUAUCACCACCAUGCAUACAAAAGACCAAACUAACGGUACCCAACCGGAACCACCAUCGUUACCGAACAACAUCGGACCGGUCUACAAUAUGCAGCGACGCGGGUCGGUUCCCUGCGAAGGCUCCAACAGUGUUGUGAUCCGUAGUAGCUUUAGCAUCAAGCGGCGCAGUGCAAAGAAGGCCCUUCGGCGGCGUUCGUCCGGUGGAGCGGAAAUUCUCAGUCCCAUCCUGUCGGAAGAUGCAGCACCCGAAGGUAGCAGCUCGCAAACGUCGUCCGCCUGGCAGCGGUUCAAGCGACGUACCGAUACGGAUAAUCUGCUGUCCCGGCGGCGUGGAUCGCUGCCGGUUGAGGUGCUUACGAUCGGAUAUUCCGGAACGUUACGUCACUAGGAUCUGAGUUGCUAGCUCGACUUGACGAAGGAUGGAGCAGUUUUUCCAACAUCAUUAUCAACAAAUUAAUUGGUACGAACGCUGUGCAUCCGAAGCAUCAAUCUUUUACCUCGGUUCCGCACAUCCACACCGACAGCAGAUGUGGAAAAUGCAACCCAUGGAAGCUGGAAAAUUAUGGAAACUGGUUGUGCCGUCGGAGAUGUACCAGAAAAGUAAAUUGACUGAGCUUGGACUUUUUCCCCGCCGCAUGCUGCAUAGUUUUGAUCUGUUCAAAUUCGGCCGAACUAGUGUAGGUAAUAAAUAUUCGUAGCUCUCGGAACACGUUGAUGUAGUCGUUCAGGAGAGGAAAAGUUUUCUCUCGACGAAAACCUGAAAGCAACCGUGCAUACGAAUGCCCGAAUGAGUGUUGUAAUUAUACAAAAAUAUGAAAUGGAAACAUUUUCCAGUAAGCUAUUUCUCCAGUUGAAUCGAAUCAAAUUAAGGUUUUGCUUCGUGCAGACAAACCGAGUUUAAAAUAUCCUAAGCUAAAACUUUUCCAUCGCAAUUGCCGUACCGGUGCGGCGGCGAGAGGGGUGUCCGUU